CGCUCGAGACCCACCAGUUCACUGGUGGCGCAGGCUCUGUUCUGGCUCGGUGCGUCUCGUACGCGCAAUGGUUUGUUGGAGUUGCCAAGUACCUCGUAGUGAACACGAAUCUUGCGCCAGGUUUUUGGACUGUCUUAUGGACUUGGUCAAAUUUGACUUGUCCAGUCGCGAUGUUGGCUUAAUGUAUUUCAAUGAUAACGAAUCUAUUUCGUAAAGACAACUGAUGGGAUAGGCUACUCGGAAAGGGAACUCCCGACAACCCGAAGCAUGUGUACCUCUCCAGAGUUAUUUUUUUGCGCAAGGUGAUAGUGACGGUGAAGACAGUUGAGCUGCCUUUUCUAGUUGGCUAAGAGGAACGAGUCAAAUACUUAUGGAUUACUACCCUAUGGUUCUUUGACAGGGUCGCCUCGAUCUUAAAGUGGAACAUUAGGGAGGACACUUGUGAGGCUUUAUCGUCUGUUUCACACAUCUUAACGCUUUUCCAACUUCUGGCAUUGGACAACAGUUUUGAAGGAAGACCAUGGCAUCGGAAACCACUCCAGUGUUGUCGAAACAGGUGUUACUUUGGCUGGUUGUAGCAUGCCAGUCUGUGUCGGUGAUGGCUUGUGGCGGGACCUAUGAGUACGCCAUCGAGGAGUUCUGCCUGGGUAAAUUCAGACUGGACAUGGAGGAACUUGACCAGCAUCACUGGUGCAGCUGGGAGGAUACAGUGGAACCUUAUGGUGAGCUCACCAACUGCACCUACCUGAUUGCCCUGAAGAUGGACUGUUUCUGGCCCAACCGGCAGGUGGACGAGUUCUUCAUCCGCAUCCACAAGCACUACUUCCACGACUGCUCCCUGUCGGGACGGCAGCUGCGUGAUCCGCCCAACCAUAUCCUUGGGCCAUUCAUUGUGGUGCCCAUCCUUGUCACGCUGCUCAUGACUGCCCUAGUGGUGUGGAGGAGCAAACGCAGCGAAGGCAUUGUGUAACCCAGGCCAACCCCAAGCUCCAGGCCCCCAGCCAGGGGAGAAGAGGUCUAGAAGAGGCCCCCUUCACCCUCCACCCAGGACGGAGACAGGUAUACAUAACGCUGCUGCUUCUACAGAACAGACAUCAUGGACCAGGCAAGGGACUGGGAGGACUAUCAAAGCCUGUAUCAAGGACAACAUUAUAGACCAUCUAUGUUACUGUCACUCUGUUGGGAGUUGACACUGAGCUACAGCCACAGGAUAUAGGAAGGGACACAGACUACAAGAUGAGGAUUUAUAGAACUACACUGAUUAUAACCUGCAGGAGGACUUGUUUAAAAAUGGAGUGUCUGCUUUCAUUACCCUUUAUCUGCAAAUCCAAUCUAGAUGGAGAAUCACAAGCUAUUAGCCAUGAAGGACAGAUGGUGUCUGAUUGGUUUGAAGGACUUCCUGGGCACAUGAGGUAAUUUCCUGUGCAGUGAGUUGGGAUACUUUGGCACCGCUCCUGAAGUGGACUUUUGACAGUCAGUCACCGAUUGGUUGAUAGAUAGGAUGAUGCUAGGAUGAUGCUAUCAUCUCUGUGCUUUAUGGAUAAUGUCUGUGCACUCUAUACUCACCUCAUAAACACUGUCUGGAUCCAACAUCCCCUGUACCUGCACCUGUCCCUAUCCUUGCUGCUGUCCCUGCCCUGUCCCUGUUCCUGUCUCUAACAGUCAGAACCAACAUAUUUCUACAAUCACCCUUCAAAUCCUUACUUUGGCAUUGUGCCAAAUCGCUGUAAGUUUUCAAAAUAAUAUUUUUAAAAAAUCGCAUUUUCCAUGAAUAGAAAGUGAAUAUGAAAAGGAGAUGAUUAAAAAUGACUGAUGUGUGUGAGACAACAUACUGUGCAAAUGCUGAUUAGGGGGGCGUGGUAUGAUUGCUAGUCAGCCUAUUGCAGAUCUGGACAAAUGAUCCACCAACCACUAUUAUCCCUAUGAAUGGUUGAUACAGGGCAGGAAAGGUCUACCCCCCUUGCAAAUUUUGAAUGUGUACAACAAACUUGGAUUAAAACAAAGACGUGUCAUUGUGAAUCAGUUGC